ACCAAAACAAUUAUAAGGGUCGAAUGUGAUUAUUGAGGUAAAGAUCAGGGGCCAAAUAUGCACCUUUUCGUUUCUUUUCUUUUGUAGACUGACUUUUAAAAAUGAUGGAUUCAACUAAAAUCAAAUAUCUCCUCCUCCUCACUUUUAUUUCCCUCCAGUUCGGUUCUGGUUUUCUUCCCAUCAAACAACCGCUUUCUUUCCAAUUCCAGUCUUUUCCGUUAAACCCUAACAACUGGCUGCUUUUCUAUUGGGGAUCGGUGGAAUGGAAAGAUCCGGCUUGCUUUCAGAAGAUAUCUAGAUUUUGAUGCAGCUAUGCUCACCCGAGUAUGUGUCUUUCAAAGGUUUUAUUGAGUUCUUGUAAGAAUAGCUUCUGGAAUUCUUCUUAUCUAUCUGUAGCAGUCACCCGACUACAGAUAGUAUCUUGUGAAUCUCCAAAGUGGAGAUCUUACAGAAGAUUAUCUGUUAUGAGUGGCGACGUUUCAAUAGGCAUUCCUAGAGGCAAUGCCAAUAUGCAUCUUGAUCGAAAUAGGAGAUAUCAAGUUGUGGUUGCUGCUACUCGUGAUAUGGGGAUUGGGAAGGAUGGGAAGUUACCAUGGAGAUUGCCAUCUGAUCUUAAGUUUUUCAAGGAGCUUACAUUGACUACAUCAAGUCCUGGAAAAAGGAAUGCAGUUGUGAUGGGUAGGAAAACAUGGGAAAGUAUUCCCUUGAAGUACAGACCCCUACCUGGACGCUUGAAUAUUGUGCUGACUUGUUCUGGGGGUUGUGAUAUCACAACUGCAGAAGAUGUUUUAACAUGUGGAAGUAUUCCAUCAGCAUUGGAGUUAUUGGCAGAAGCACCUUACAGUUUUUUAAUUGAGAAGGUUUUUUUUAUCGGCGGUGGCCAGAUAUUGAGGAAAACAAUUAAUGCACCAGGAUGUGAUGCUAUCCACAUCACUGAAAUUGAGACAAGCAUUGAAUGUGACACCUUCAUUCCAGUUAUUGAUUUUUCUUUAUUUCACCCAUGGUAUUCCUCUCUACCAAUAGUGGAAAACAAUGUCCGAUAUUCUUUUGCGACAUAUGUUCGUGUUAAGAAUUCAGAAAAUGGUACUCUUUCUAAAAGCGCUUCAGCAAAUGGCAAUUUAAGUUCCAACACGUUUGAAGUAAAGAAUUUUACCUUUCUUCCAAGUAUCAUUUAUAAGAAACAUGAUGAAUAUAUGUAUCUAAGACUGGCUGAACAAAUUAUCUCAAAUGGCACCUUGAAAGAUGACAGGACAGGCACUGGUACCCUAUCAAAAUUUGGUGGUCAGAUGCAGUACAAUCUGCGCAAAUCUUUUCCGCUUCUUACAACAAAGAGAGUGUUUUGGAUGGGAGUUGUUGAAGAACUUUUGUGGUUUAUUAGUGGUUCAACCAAUGCAAAGGUUCUACAAGAGAAAGGCAUUCAUAUAUGGGACGGUAAUGCAUCCAGAGACUACCUUGACAGUAUUGGCCUGAAAGAUAUAGAAGAGAGUGACCUGGGACCCAUAUAUGGCUUCCAGUGGAGAUACUUUGGCGCUAGAUAUACAGAUAUGCAUGCUGACUACUCUGGCCAAGGAUUUGAUCAGCUGGUAGACGUUAUUGAUAAGAUCAAGAGUAAACCAGAUGACAGGUGUAUUAUCCUCAGAUCAUGGAAUCCAUCAGAUCUUAAAUUGAUGGCGUUUCCACCUUGUCACAUGUUUGCACAGUUCUAUGUGGCUAAUGGGGAGCUGUCUUGUCAAAUGUACCAGCGAUCUGCUGAUAUCGGUCUUGGAGUGCCAUUUAACAUUGCCUUUUAUGCUUUAUUGACAUGCAUAAUUGCCCAUGUUUGUGCUCUUGUUCCUGGUGAUUUUAUCCAUUUGAUUGGGGAUGCUCGUGUUUGUACAACUCAUAUUGGGCCUUUGCAGAAGCAGCUUCAGAAACUUCCUACACCUUUCCCUAUUCUGAGGAUAAAUCCUGCGAAAAAGGAUAUUGAUUCAUUUGAGGCAUCUGACUUUCAACUCAUAGGCUAUGAUCCUCAUGAGUAUAUAGAUAUGAAAAAUCUCAGUGUAGAUCUUUAAAAUGACAAGAAUGAAAUUUUGCUCAUUUUAUUUGUAAAUUCUAAAUAUAGCCGUUCUAGUCUUUCAGGCAUAAGUUGGCCAGGUUGUAUUUGCAUCAAACCAGAACUUUGCAUAUGAUAUGAUCAGGUUCUAGUUGUUAACCCAUGAGAAUUUGGGUUUGUACAA